GAUAACAGAUUAGAGACACAAUUUCUGCAUACUGUAUACGCAGGACUAACUCAGAGUUUUAAAGCAGAAUGCGCACAAACUUUCGAGAUGAAAGAGCGACUUCUUUUCCUCGCGACAGUUUAAAAUACCUGAAAUUAUGAAUUGUCUCCUCCAUUGAUCCUGAAGCAUGCCGAGAAGCAGGGACAGUGAUUCUGAGGGCUACAUGUCUCCUGCGUCUCUUGGAGACGAAGACGAAGACUCACAAGUAGCAGAGUUCUACCGAGGCAGGAGCAUUUUUAUCACUGGAGUCACUGGUUUCCUUGGCAAGGUUCUUCUUGAAAAACUCCUGCGAGCGUGUCGGAGUGUUAAAACGAUCUACGUUCUACUUCGAGCCAAAGAAGGGCUGGACCCUAAGCAACGGCUUGAUCAACUACUAGCGUGUCAGGUUUUUUCCAAAAUAAAGCGGGAAAAGCCAACAAUGCUGACGAAAGUUGUGCCUAUAGUAGGAGAUAUUUCCCUGCCAAACCUUGGAAUCAAGGAAUCAGACGCAAAUAUUUUGAUAAAACAUGUAUCUGUAGUUUUCCAUUCAGCUGCAACUGUCAGAUUUGAUGAACCGAUGAAAAAAUCGGUAAAUUUGAAUUUACUUGGUACACAAAGAGUUCUACAGCUAGCACAGAAAAUGGACAAACUAUCGGCUUUCGUUCAUGUAUCGACAGCGUACAGUUAUUGCAAUCGUUCUGAUAUCGAUGAAGUCGUAUAUCCAGAAAAAAUUGCUCCUCAAAAAGUCAUCGAACUUGCACAAUGGAUGGAUGACGAUCUGUUAGAAAGUAUUACUCCAAAACUUAUGGACAAUCGGCCAACAACGUACCACUACAGCAAAGCUUUGGCGGAAACUCUUCUCGUAUCAGAAGGUGGUAAUUUACCCAUAGCUAUCGUCAGACCCUCUAUUGUGACAGCUGCCUUUCGAGAACCAUUUCCGGGAUGGGUAGACGGCGUCAAUGGGCCUACCACAUUCAUAAUAAUGACAGGCAAAGGACUGCUCAGGACAAUGUUAGUUUACGAAGGAACGGUGGUAGAUUGGAUGCCUGUUGAUUUAGUUGCCAAUUUGUUGAUCACCACAGCAUGGCACAUUGGUAGAGAAAGACCGAAUUCAGUUAAAGUCUUCAACUGCACCUCUGGGAGUCUAAAUCGGGUGACGUGGUCUGAUGUCGAGAGGACUGCAUAUCCCAUAAUUACCCGGCAUCCAAGUCUGAGCGUAAUCCGGUAUCCAGGAGGCAGUUUCAAAACCACGCAUUUCUGGAACAUGCUUUCUAUCAAACUAGGGCAUAGUUUGCCGGCCUAUUUCAUUGAUACAUUAGCCUGGAUUUUCGGAUACAAAACAGAGUAA